GCCCUUCCGAUCUGUCAUUUCCGGUAUCACCUGUGUGGGUCGAGGGAGUCAUAAACAAGGUUUUCGCAGGUGUCGGCAGCGGUGCCGGGAUGCAGCCAAGCGGCUCGGCUGGAGGCCCUUGCCGCGCUUUCUCCCGGCUGCUGGGUCUGCUGUUCUUCCAGGGUGUUUACACAGCCCUUUCAUUGGAGAUUAAAGCAGAUGCCCAUGUUCGAGGUUAUAUUGGAGAAAGUAUCAAGCUGAAGUGCACCUUCAGGUCUUCUUCUCCUGUCUCUGACAAGCUCACAAUAGACUGGACUUACCGAUCUCCUACCAGCAGUCGCACAGAGACAAUUUUUCAUUAUCAAUCUUUCCAGUACCCAACUGUAGCAGGCACAUUCCGAGACCGAAUUUUUUGGGUUGGGGAUGUGUACCGAGGAGAUGCAUCCAUUAGCAUAAGCAACCCAACCACGAGAGACAAUGGAACAUUCAGCUGCACUGUGAAGAAUCCUCCAGAUGUCCACCACAAUGUUCCCAUGACGGAGCUUGUAGUCACUGAAAGGGGUUUUUCUAUUCAGCUGUCUUCUGCUGCACUGCUGUCCAUCCUGGUCUUCAUUCCUUCAGCUGUGGUGGUUACCCUGCUCUUGGUGAGAAUGGGGAGGAAGUCUGCUGGGCUAAAGAAGAAGAGCAAGUCUGGCUACAAAAAAUCAUCCAUUGAAGUUUCAGAUGACACUGACCAGGGAGAAGAUGAAGGCUGCAUGAGAAGACUUUGUACCCGUUGUGCUGAAUGCCUGGAUUCGGACUUUGAAGAAGCAUAUUGAUGACAGUUUAAAGACUGCCUGGCUUCAGAACUCAAGAAUCAUCUGUUUGAUCUGCACAGAAGUCCUGUUCCUUUAUUUGUUGAAGUUUUGUGUGUGAUUGUAGUUGACUUGGACUGCCAUGAUGGAAAGCCAUGUUGGAGGAACCUGGAGUUCAGUAGUCAAGACUGUCCAGUAAUUUUUUAUUUAUUGAAGAAAUAUUCUUUUUGUAUUUAUAAAAUGUUUUAAGACCUUAAUAGAAGAGAUGCAUCAAAAGUAGAGCUCCUACUUACUCUAGUUUAGUAAGUUAUGGUUGGACUGAGGAAUUAUUUUCCUGAAUAGGAAGAUAUAUAUUGUCUGUGUUGCACUCUACACGUUGUAUGUUUUCUUCCAGUUCUUUGAGGGAGAAUCAUAAAUAUUUGUUAUUUACUGACUACAGAGGAUUGUUUCUUUCAAAAGAAUGUCAUCUGUAGCAUCCUUUUAUUCCUAACUGUCUGGGGAAGAUAUUUGUGCUAGUGUUUUGCUUGGUCAGUUUUUGGAGCUACUAAUUGAACAGUAAUCACUGUUUAUUUCUCUCCUUUUACUGGAGCUGUAAAAUUCCAUUGUGUAUUAUAAUCUCAAGAUGAUUUGGGUUGUAUAAGCUGUAAUCAUGUAAGAUUAGGCAAAUUCUGCUUUGUUUCAAUACUAUAUUUUUUCAUGUUAAAUGUUAUCAAUUUAUGUUCAAGGAAAAGAGUAGUGGGGCAAUGGAAUUAAUUUCUUCUGGCUUGCUAGACCAGAAUUGGGCUGGGGUUGUUAUGGGUAAUAUCUUAUUGUCACAUUUCCUUGUACCCUCAGCUACUUUUUGUUUUGCCUCUUGACUUUUAGGGCCAGAGGCUGAAAAAACUCUUUGGAAGUUUUCCAGUAUGAAAUUGUAGGUUAUUAUAGCUUCUAUUUUAAAUGGUAACAUCUAACCUCUCAGAGUUGAUGAUUUUCAAAAUGCACAAAAUAUGCACACUAUUAAUUGUUUCAGAUGUCAUUGCAGAAGAUCUUUUGAAUCAGGAAUGAGUACAGACUAGAGCUGCACAGAACCCAGACUUUCCCAUUCUGUCUUCUUCCUUCUUUGUGCUCUAUGUCCUGUCUUAAUUCUCUAGUGCAUGACAGUUAAGCCAAAUGAAAUGCACAUAUUUUAUGCGCUGUAGGUUUUACAUCUUUUUUCCAUAUAUAGAAAAAUACAUUUUAGAUCUGUCAUAAGACUUUAAGAAAUAUGUGUGCCAUAAGUUGGUAGUAUAUUUCAGCAAUCCAGAGGUAGGUUGUUUUCUCUUUUUUUGAUUCAAAAAAGCGCUUUCCAUUUUUGUCCUUUCUUCUUUAAUUGAUUUGGUGCUUCUGGUGUUUUCCAAGUUCUGGCACUCUACAAAAUAUGUGACAUUAAAACCCACUGUUCUCUUCCUCUUCUUAGAUUUUUAGCCCAGAUCAAUUUUUGUUGUUAUUGGUUUUUUUUUUUUAAGGCAGAGAAUGAGAUCAGAAACAUUGUGGUCUGCCCCAUUGGUUUAUCCAACCCUCCUUGGUUAAAUUGUUUUACAAAUAAGAAAAUCUGGUGACUUAACUGAGGUUGCCACUUACCAAUAAGGUCACACAAACCUUCCAGCUAAACUAGCUGUUUGGACUAGCAGUUUGCUUUUUUUCUAUAACUGUGCCUGUUCCUGUAGCUUCACAGUUUCUUGGACUGUGUGAUAAUUGAUUUCAGGGUCGAUCUAAUGAAGCUCUUUCUCACUCUUAAAUACUGAACUUUUUAGGUGUUCCUAGCUGUAAUGUAAGCAUUUUGUGAGACCUCAGAAUCUGAGAAGGUGAAUAAUGCUUCAGGAUGACCCAGUUAAAGCCAUAUCCUUUUAAAUGAAAGCCCAUUUUGAUUGGGUCAUCUUAUACCUUCCUUGCAGGGCUGAGGAUGAAUUCAGUGAGGUAUGUUUGUGAUUCUUGGAUGAACAGUCCUGUAUCAAUGCUCAAUAGUAUUAUUUUACAAUCUUAAUCACGAUUUGGACCAAGGCCUCUCUUUUUAGAAUGACUGAACAGUAGAGUCCUUCAUGAUAAGGGGUAAGUUGAGCAUUGAGGCUUUUUCUGUCUGGUUGUGGUAUUAUCACAGGGUAUAAAAAGCUGCUAUCAAUUUCUUCAUUACUCCUGUGAAGUCUGUCCUAUAGCCUCUCUCUUCUAAGAACUGUUGAGAAGUAUAUACUUGCCUUCUUUAGGGGCGAAUAAAAGAUACCAUUAUCCUGUGCUGUUUUUAUACCUCCUAAAGUUUUAUUUUUAGAUUCCUAUCAGAGCAGUCAGAGAGAAACUUUUUCUAGAAUGGGAAUUUACCACUGGCAAGCUUUAUGCAGGGGUGGUCUUUCUAAAAUAGCCUCUGCUUCAUGGUAUAUUACCAUCUUUGUUUUCUGAAUUUCUUUUACCAAGAGUCAUUGAGUUUGUGACUAAAUAUGUGCUUUAGAGGAAAGGGCCUGAGGUUUCCUGUAUAUCUGAUUGCAUCAGGUAACUUGGGAAACAGCUCUUUCUUUACCAGCACUGGGAAUAGGCACUGGUGCUUCAAGAGAGUGAGUUACUUGUGUCUUAUUUUCUGUUU